GAGAGCGCGCGGACUGUAGCAGCAAGUAGCAGAGGCACUGCGAGACAGCGACGAAAAGACUGAUGAACCAGCAUGAGGAUCCAGCCAUUUCAAUAACAUGGACAAGUACGAAAAGGUGAAGAAAAUAGGGGAAGGGUCAUUUGGAAAGGCUGUCCUUGUCAAAUCCAAAGAGGAUGGACACCAAUAUGUCAUCAAGGAGAUUGGCAUAUCUGGAAUGUCAAGUAAAGAGAGGCAGGAAUCUCGGAAAGAAGUUGCAGUCCUUGCCAACAUGAGUCAUCCCAACAUUGUGCAGUAUAAGGAGUCUUUUGAAGAGGGGGGUUGUCUGUAUAUUGUGAUGGACUACUGUGAGGGUGGAGACCUCUUCAAGAAGAUCAACUCUCAAAAAGGAGUACUGUUCUCAGAAGAGCAAAUCCUGAAUUGGUUUGUGCAGAUUUGUCUGGCCCUGAAGCAUGUACAUGAUCGCAAAAUCCUCCACAGGGACAUCAAAUCACAGAACAUAUUUUUGACCAAAGAUGGGACUGUACAGCUUGGAGACUUUGGAAUUGCAAGGGUGCUGAACAGCACCGUGGAGCUGGCAAGAACUUGUAUAGGAACACCAUAUUAUCUAUCACCUGAGAUCUGUGAAAAUAAACCCUACAACAACAAAAGUGAUAUUUGGGCCCUAGGGUGUGUCCUAUAUGAAAUGUGCACUCUUAAGCAUGCAUUUGAGGCUGGAAACAUGAAGAAUUUAGUUCUGAAGAUCAUCCGUGGCUCGUACCCUCCUGUGUCUCUCCACUACUCCCAAGAACUGCGCUCUCUCUUGGCUCAGCUGUUUAAACGCAACCCUCGAGAGAGGCCGUCCGUCUGCAGCAUACUGGACAAACCUUACCUCACCUGUAGGAUAGAGAAGUUCCUUACACCACAGAUCAUUGCUCAGGAAUUCCAUCAUACUUUUCUACACAAGCAGCCUAAAGUGGGUGCAGCGCAGGGGCCACCAGCCAAGCGAUCUGCCCCUGGCUCCAUACCACUCACCCCAGCACAGAAGAUCACCAAACCAGCCUGCAAAUACGGAGUGCCUUUAGCUGUGAGGAAGGUGCCAGAAGCAGCCAAAAAGCAGGCGGAUAGGAAACCAGCUGUGAAGCAUAAAGCGGCCCCUCUCCCAGCAGCCCCCCAGAGAAGAGUGAGUCAAGUGGAGCAAGAGAGGAAAAAACACGAGGAAGGCAUGAGGAAGAAAAGGAUGGAGCUGAUUGAGAAGGAGAGAAAACAGAGAGAACAGAUGGUCCUGUUGAAAGCAGAGCAAAUGAAGAGAUUUGAAAAGGAAAAGAUCAAUCGUAUAAACCAGGCCAGAGAACAGGGCUGGAAGCAUGUCCUGAGCUCGAGUGGAGGCAGCAGCCCAGAGAGGAAGUGCUUUGUUGGCGUUGGAAAGAGGGCUGUCCCCAGUUCUGGCGGUCCUCCAGCUCUGAGUAAAGUCCCUUUUGAACACUUCCACGCUGCUUUGGACCAAAUGUCAAAACCCCAGCCUGCAGUGGUCAGCAGGGAGGGGUCCUCAGCAGGACCAGGCAGUCCCAGACGAAGUGUACCGCCUGCUGCUGGCCCGGUGCUGCCCAAUGGCCCGUCCCGACCCUUAAAUCCUGACAUAAUCAAAAGGGAACUACAGAGGCUGCAGCACGUUUCUAAACAAGUUCAUAUCAGCAGGCCACGAUUUCAGAUGGUUCCUGAACGGGCCUAUCAGGUUGAGGAGUUUUUACAGCGAAAGAGAGAAGCAAUGCUCAACAAAGUUCGUGCUGAAGGACAGCUGGGCACUCGGCAAAACCUGGCAGCUCUCUAUGGAAGUCGUGCCGCUUCGCUUCGGUGCAGGAGGCCCAAAGCCAACAAAGAGGAGGAGGAGUACUUGUCAAGGCUGAGGCAGAUCCGUUUGCAGAAUUUCAAUGAGCGUCAGCAGAUGAAAGCCCGACUCAGAGGAGAGAAGUAUGACAGUGAUGGAUCUGACAGCCAGGAGUCGAAUGAGGAGGCAGAGCUCAGGAGAAAGAAGAUAGAGGCCUUGAAAGCCCAAGCAAAUGCCCGUGCUGCUGUGCUGAAAGAGCAACUAGAGAAGAAGAGGAGAGAAGCGUAUGAGAGCGAAAAGAGAGCUUGGGAGGACCACCUUGCAGCUCGGGGGGUGAAGGUUGGCAUGGCAGCAGCAGCAGAAACAGCAUCAUCUACCUCUGAGGCUCCUCUCCCUCAGCCGGGUCCCUCUCAGCCAGACCCACCUGCCAAAGCUCCAGCACUUCCUGAAACCAAGCCCUCCAUCCAGGCCAUAUCCAUGACUGCUGCCCUGAAGAAUGUUGGAGCAAUGUCUCCUCUUAAAGAUAACCUCCCCGAGCAAGAGCCUGCAUCUGCCAUUCAGGUGACUAGUGAGAAAAAACAGAUCCUGCGCAGACUUAACCAGAACCUAAAAGCCCAAGUCCCAGUGGAGGAGUCGGAGGAGUCGUCUCCACAGCCUGCAGAGACGAGUCCUGCUCCCCAACAGAAGCAGUCCAACACAGAGAACCGCCCCUCCUCAUCAAACGGAGACAGAAAGAAGUGGGACGCAGCAGAACUGCCUGUACUUCCUGUGGCACAGCAAACCUUAGAGGAAACCUGUGUCACAAGUAGCAUGAUCUCAGUAUCUCCAGACGAUGCACUGUCCUCUGCUGGAGACAGAAAGAAGUGGGAGGCGGGAGUUCCACUCGUCCUCUCUGUAGCCCGACAAACUCUGGAAGAGACGGGCAUCCCGACCAUCGAGCAAACAGUGGGUGGAGUAAUACAGAUGGGCAUGCUACAUGAAGAAGCUGCUCGAAAGAUGUGGGGAGCGAGUCCCGACUCUCAGGUGUUGCGAGUGCUUCAGGAGGCGGAGCUUCAGCCUCUCACUCAGCAGCUGGAGAACGUCUCUAUCUCGGAGGAGCUGGUCUGUAGCCCUGAUAAACCUUUCCAGAAAGCAGAAGGCCAGAUUGUGGAGGAACCUAAAGCAGCUUCUCCUUCUACACUGACACUGUGUGUUGCGGGCGAUGGUCCAGGUGCUCAGAAGCAGAGUGUCGCUGUGACCAAUGAGGCCUCACAUCAGAAAGUAUCUGUGGAUGGUGCAGGAGAAAGAGUGACACUGCCACCCAACUCUACUGAGCCUCAGGAUCCAGCAGACCUGGAGUUGUUGGUUUUGGAAGAGGCACCUAAACAGACCCUGCAUCCACCAGCUGGUGUGCAGCAGGCGUGGGCAAAGGAAGUCCCACAGCCACUGCCACCAGAGGGGGUCACAAGACCAGCAAGCACUAAGGAGUCUGAGAAGAGUGCAGAGAAACCAGCAGCAUCAUCGGGUUCAGCACAGUGCGAGGAGCCCCUGUUUAUGAAGUUGUGUUCCCCGGCCCACCGACGCACCGCUGCACUUGCAAUGCUCUCGGCUCAGUCCUCCAUGGAUGAAUCAUCCUCCUCUCUGGCCUCUCGCUCACGCUCCGUAUCACCUCUGCGCUCCAAACACCACGACGCCCUCCUCAUCGGCCUCUCCACGGGCAUGUUCGACGCCAACAACCCGAAGAUGCUUCGGACCUGCUCCCUACCAGACCUCAGCCGUCUCUUCAGCCCCCAGCAGGACUCUGCAGUGACCAGUCAUACAAAUGUUCCCCACAAUAACAACUUGGAAAUCGAGGACCUGGAAGAGGCAGCUAAAGAUGAUGACCAGUCAGAGACUGAAGAUGGAUAUGAGGAUGAAGACCUGCGAGACAUCCGGGCCUCCAUGGAGAGACUGCUGCAGGAAGAAGGAGACCUGAUGAGGAGUUCUGCAGAGGUCGGCUCAGGAGACUUUAAUGGAAACCCUCCUGAGGGUGAAGACCACGAGCUGUUCAACAGGAUAGCAGCUGAGAUCAAUCAGGAGAACAAUCAGAUGACUGUGGAUGAGGAUGAUGAUGAUGAUGAUGAUGGGGAGGAUGAGGAGGAUGAAGGCGAAGAGGACGAGGAAGAUGAGGAUGAAGAGUGCUCUAAUGGGAGUCCUGCAGAUGAAGAGGCAGGAGAUCUGCUUUCAAACGGUGUGGGAGAGGAAAACCACUGUAAUCACAGCCAGCUCAAUGAGGAGUGGCAUUCAGAUGGCAGCGGAGAGGACCAUGGCAUGGAGGCUGCACAUCAUGACAGCAUCUUCAGCCGUCUGGAAGAGCUGCGCUUCAACCUGGAGCAGCAGAUGGGCUUUGAGAAGUUCAUUGAAGCCUACAAUAAGAUAAAGGCUAUGCAUGAAGAUGAAGAUGAGAAUAUUGACCUGGGCUCCAGUUUGGUCCUCAGCAUUUUGGGAACAGAGCAUCAGCAUCUGUAUCCCAACAUCCUUCACCUGGUUAUGGCAGACGGAGCUUAUCAAGAAGAUAAUGAUGAAUAAUGUUUCCUGCGACGUAUUGCAGCUGCUGGCAGCUUUGACAAUCUGCUGGCUAUCUGAUGUCUUCCCAUGACGCACAUCAUUGGCAGAAAGGAACUAUGCAUGAAGAGAGGCGGCCUCACAUCGAACAGUGUUUCAGGCACACCUGCAUGAUGAAUAAGUAGUUCACUCAAGGCAUCACCUGACUCUCCUUUUCUCAGCAGUGUUCAUUCAGAAGUGCAUUAUCAUACUCAUGUUCUUAUUAACCAAAGUUGACUUCAAUGUUCUGUCAAAUGUCCAUGUUGAGUAAUAGUGUAGAGCUGGUUCUGUAUUAGUCUGUUGCUGGUUCAGUGAGGGUCCACAUUUGAUUUGGCGGGCAUAGAUCUGGUCCUCUCAGGUUCUCUCUUUGUAAUCGUCACAUACUCGCCUGUAAUGGCUUUAAAAACCAGGUCACACUCAAAAACAAACACACUAUGAUUUACUCAGAACCAGUUACAACCUCCUUUUUCUUACUCUUUUCACCAAACAAGAAGUUCAAUCUAAUCAUUUUACAGAUUUCUUACUGUUCCAGUUAACACAGAUUUUAAGAUAUAUUAUAUGAGAAAGCACUUUGUUGUCAGGGUACUGUAGCAAGACUGUGAUUAGGAUAAGAGUGGUUAGUGGAGAGAGUUCUACUGAUGAUGUAAGCAAUGAUACAGAUGUUAACCAUAAUUCAUAUUUGAUUGUAGAAUCAAAAUUGUACAUCUUUAUAUAAAAUAAAACCCUUUUUUAAGAACCUUAA